UGUGUUUGGUUAAUCUUUGGUGUUUUGUUGAGCGCAGUGUGUCAGUUUAGUUACCUCCCUUAAUAGAGUUCAAGAUCUAUAACGUUUAACAGAUAAAUGCAUCAGACGAUUCAAUAGUGUAAAUAAUAGUAUAAUAAUAAAUGAAUAGUACGAGUAAAUAGAUAAAUAAUAAUAAUAUGAAUAUAACUACCUAAGGAUAAAAACCGGAAAGGUAUGUGGUUGUUGGACUUCUUUCCUAACCCAAGAUUGUGGGCAGAGGGUAUGCAAUUGUUAGAUUUCCUUCCUAACCUAAGAUUGUAAGAAAAUUGCAGUCACUUAAUGCUAACAGUAAUAUAGUAAGAGAUUGCCGCAGAGAUUAAUACCCUGGAGAAGAGUAUCUCGGAACUGCAAUCGCAGUUGCACUUGAUUUUUGUGAUCCUUUUUACUACUCUGAGGAUGUUUUCAUGCAAACUUUAUCUGACCUCCGGUGUUACCCCAUUUUUGUUUAAAAUAGAAAUUCUUAAUAUGAACAGUGUUCUGUGAAAAGAGGGUUUAAUACAUGGGAGUAACGCGUUGUCCCAGAUUUGUUGUACAAUCCGUACUUUGUUUUUUAUAAUGUUGUAUAUAGAGUGCUUUGCUCACUCAGGGAUGGGUUCUUUUAUUUUCCAUGAAUCUAUGGGAAAGUGCUUUCUUCCAUUUCUUAUUUUUAUCUAACUGUCUGAGGACCACUGUUAUAUGAACAGCAUGGCUGCCAUUGGCUGGAUGAGUUUUUUUCCAGACCAUUCUUCGGUUUUUACUUAACAGUUCGGCAAUUGAGUAUGCCAUGUAUUAAUUCUAAUUAUGGGAUGGAUUUCUAGAAAUAUACCCCAUAUUAAGACGAAACUUUGUUUAUACAAAAAAAAGAAACAAUAAUAAUGAAUAAUAUUCAAUAUACAAUUCUACCAUAUAGAAACUUGAAAGCACUAGAUGCAAAUAUUAUAAUAUAUGGAUAAUGUAAUCCGAAUACACAUACUGUUACUACAGAAAGAUAAAUAAAAAUAAAAUGUAUAUAUAUAAGUUAUAAAAGUUGUCCUUUAGAAAAAAACGGUUUAGUGCACUUGUAUUUCUAAUUUGUGGACGAAAGCCAUUUAGCAUUUUACAUGCAUACUUGUAAUUGGUGGAAUUCCUUUUUAUUUUUUAUGCAACCGUGCUUGACGACCACGGUUGCAGCUCUUCUUAAGUGCUCAGAUUUUCUUGUAAUUGUUGGACUUAAAGCCGACCCGUAUUUUUAUGAUAUGUUUAACUGUCGUGAUGAAACUUCGGAUAGCUUCAAAAAAUGGUUACCAACCGCUAGAAUGCAGUGGUUCUUGAUUGCCCCGUUAGGUUAAGGCACCCCUGUGCCUACGGGAAGGGGUCUUUUGAUCCAUUUGAGUCUGUCUCUGGUUCUUGAUUGCCCCGUUAGGUUAAGGCACCCCUGUGCCUACGGGAAGGGGUCUUUUGAUCCAUUUGAGUCUGUCUCUUCUGCCUUGGGUGCGACCAUAUGGCUCCUAGGAUGGGUGGCGGCCCAAGAAGAGAAAAGUGGGAGGAGUGUUGUGCCGGGCACCAGUCGCUUGCGAAGAGGGAACUGGCCGCUGCAAGCAUGAUUGGUGGAAGUUAGCCGAGGCACGAGGAAUGAGUUCCAAAAGAUCGAUGCGCGGGACGAGAUUCUCGCUCUCUUCUUGCUAGACUGCGGCUGAGAAAGGUUGUUUCUGACUGUGCGAAGAAUACUAAGAAGAACGUCACGUUUCAACAUAACGUAAAUACAUCUGACGCAGCCUGUGUUCGUGCAGAAUAGAAAGCAACAAUGGCGGGUCUGGCAGACGUGUUCUCCGAACAAGAAAGAACAAACUGGCUGAAGGCGUGUCUCGGACUUACCAUUGCAAAACAUGCUUUAGAAGAGUUUGUUGACAGAGAGAUCAAGGACUUUCAGACCAAAAUAUUUCAAUCUGUGCGGUCAAGACUUAAUUUAUCUAUAGCCACUGUAUGCACGAACUGUACUACCGCCAACUUGUUGAAAUGUCCCACAUUGAACGUAUGCAAGAUAAGUGGUAAAAAUGCUUGCAAAUCCAUGCACAGCACACCAGCAAAACAACCUAGACAUUGUAGCAUGAAGAUAUGUGAUAAAGUUCGUGAUGAAAUUAUUAAAGAACAUCGUUAUGGUAAUCCAUCCUGGAAGAAUACAUCAUCUGAACAAUGGGGAAGCAAUCAUUGGCAGAUAGCUAAAUGCUUUUUACCUCCUGACGGGUACAAUGGGGUGGGGUCUGCACAUGAAACAGAUUUCAAUGGUAUCAUCAGUGUUAUGCUGAACUGUAAACACUUCGACAACAAGGUUUCCUUUUCUAUAGCACCAGCACCACCUGGGUCAGCGUCUCUAUUGUCAAGGCGCGAGAAAUAGGAAAAGCUGUUCGUCAUAAUUCCAAUUGUAAAAUGAACAAUAACGAUCUGCAGAACGCCUUUAGCUCGUUGAUUGGUCUUCUGAGUGAUCCGACAUGUUUAGGCCAGGAUGGACAUGCACAAGAGGCAAUCAGAAAAAUCAAACAGCUUCAACUUGACGGCUUAAAAAUAACCGAGGCAGAAAUGAGUCAAUUACUGCAGGAUGCGCAUGGCACAUUGAACGAUAUGAAGCAAGUGGCCGAUGAAUCGAUGAAGGAGAUGAAAGCUUUUGUAAAGAACUUCUACAAGAAACACGCAGCACGGGAUAAUGAGGACUACGAACGUGCUGUGGAAGAUUUUGUGAGGCAAUUAAAACAGCACUACAAAGUUACGCUGAGUCAUGUGUCUAUAUCAACAUUGUUGCCAAGUGGCGACGAAUCUCUGUAUAAACUCUAUGCAGCGCCAUCAAUAUGCAGAAUAGCUGAAAACAUUGAGGGAAAUAAAACUGAACAUCCAGUUACAACUUACAAAGAAAUUUUGUGUACGGAUGGAAAUGAAAAAUUGAACAAGCGCAUAUAUUUGCAAGGUGAAGCUGGCAUUGGGAAAUCAACGUUUGCUUCUAAACUUGUUUUGGAUUGGUGUAAUCUAGGAGAAGCAUUAUCAUCUCCCUCUAAAACAUUUAUUGAUGCGAGCACGUUGCGAGAAUUUAAAAUUAUUUUAUUUAUUACGUUGAGAGAUGCUGCUUGUGAACGUGAUGUGACAAAAAUGAUCAAAGAACAGAUACUCGACCUGGUUUAUCCUGAUACAAAUCGUAAGGUUGCGUAUGAAUUGCUGAAUAAAAUAAUGCAAAAAGAAAUUUGCUUGGUGGUACAAGACGGGUUAGACGAGUGGAUGGAUCCUCAAGGGAAACUAGCGCAGCCUAUAUUGGUUUCCUCUUACAGCCAGUGUACACUUUUGACUACAACAAGGCCAUGGAAACUGACCGAUGAACGCAUCAAGAAAUCUCAAAUUUCCAGCUUGUUUAAAUUGAAAGGAGUCAGUGAUCCAUAUGAGCUUUGUGAUUCAGUACUGAAAAGCUUAGGAUGCAAAACAUCCAUUGAAUUUAAAGAAUAUGUAGCAGACCAUAAACUAUAUGCUUUGCUGGUGUCACCAAUGUUUCUGUCGCUAAUUGUUAGUUCUUGGGUCGACGGAAUGCGAUUGACAGGGUCAGGUUGCGAGCUUUACACUGUUUUGAUCGACGGUCUUUUCAAAAAGGCGAGUGAAGAUAAUAGCUUUUUUGAUCAGCCACCCUUCAUGUGCUUUCAGAACACACGUUACCUCAACAAAAAUCUGGAUUUUCUUCAAGCCAUUUCCAAAACAGCGUAUUUAAUGUUGUUUACAGCGGAGAGGGAACAAUUUCUAGUUAUAAGUGACCGACGAUUGUCACAAUAUUUGACACGAGAACAGAAAAACCUUGCCCUCAAAACAGGUGUUCUAACGGAAAGCAAAUGUGUUAAUAGAACCUAUCUUACUUCAACGUGUUCAUUUAUUCAUAAAAGUGUUCAAGAAUUUCUAGCUGCUGUUCACAUAGCAGGAAACAGUGAUGCUCUUCUGGUCGUUAGUAGACAUUUUGCCCAAAAUUCUGACAGGAUUUUUAAAAAUCAGGUAUUUACUUUUUUGUGCGGUUUAAAUAUUUCAUCAGCCAAUAAAUUGUCGCGCACUAUUGACAGCAUUUUAAACACCAACGCAUCUUAUAAAUCGUUCUAUUUGUUGGACUUAUACAUAUCGGGGUUUAUCGAAGCUCAAGUAAAUGGCCAGAAUCGGAAUGAUAUUGAUCUUAAACUCAGCGGAUUCUACCUUCACAAUUUGAUAACUGGUGUCAAACUCAAAGCUUUUCUUAGCAUCUUACAAAUGAAUAAGUCAAACGCGAAGCUUCUUAUAUGUAACGGGCAAGGGGAACUUUGGUUGGAUUUGUCUUCUUUUCGCAACCUUGAAACCCUACACAUUCCUAAUGCCACUCUACAACCGAAUUCCCUUCAAGGACUGAAGAAAUUAACGUUCGAGGAAUGUGAGUGUGUACAGUUGGACUUAUCAUCAUUUCACAAUUUGGAAAGUUUAGAACUAUCAGGAAGAAUCACAUUUCAACCUAAUGCCUUUCAUGGACUUGCAAAGCUGAAGGAAUUAAAGUUGGGAUACUGUCAAUGGAGGUCGUUGAACUUAUCAUCAUGUGACAUGCAGAAAAGCAUUGAACUCUCUUGCGUAAGUUCGCUUAAAAAAAGACAUUAAUGCACUUGUGGUGUUAAACAAAUGUUCACAUUUGGACUUCUCAUCAUGUCAAAAUUCGAAAAGUAAAGAACUAACGAGAGGAAUCACAUUACAACCGAAUGCUUUUAAUGGACUUGCAAAGCUGAAGGAAUUAAAGUUACAGGGCUAUAAUUGUGAGUCGCUUGACUUUUCACUCUGUCACAAUCUGGAAAGUUUAGAAGUAUCGAGAGGAAUCAUAUUACAACCGAAUGCAUUUCAUGGACUUGUGCAGCUAAAAAUAUUAAAGUUGGAGGACUGUAAAUGCGAGUCCUUGGACUUAUCAUCAUAUCACAAUCUGGAAAGUAUAGAACUAUCGGGAGAAAUAACAUUACAACCGAAUGCCUUUGAUGGACUUGUGAAGGUGAAAAUAUUGAAGUUGGAGGACUGUCAAUGCGAGUCCUUGGACUUAUCAUUAUAUCACAAUCUGGAAAGUAUAGAACUAUCGGGAGGAAUAACAUUACAACCGAAUGCCUUUCAUGGACUUGCAAAGCUGAAGGAAUUAAAGCUAAAGGGCUGUAAAUGUGAGUCGUAUGACUUCUCAUUCUGUCACAAUCUAGUAAGUAUAGAACUAUUAGGAGGAAUCACAUUGCAACCGAAUUCCUUUCAUGGACUUGUGCAGCUGAAAACAUUAAAGAUGGAGGGCUGUACAUGUGAGUCGUUUGACGUCUCAUUCUGUCACGAUCUGGAAAGAGUAGAACUAUCGGGAGGAAUAACAUUACAACCGAAUGCCUUUCAUGGACUUGCGCAGCUGAAUAUAUUAAAGUUGAAGGGCUGUAAGUGUAAACCAUUGGAUUUAUCAUCAUGUCUCAAGCUUUCAUAUGUAGUACUUAGUGAAGGAAUCACCCUUCAACCGAAUAUCCUUCACAGAAAAGUUUUAGAGGCACUACUUGGAUAGGAAUCACCCUAUAACCGAAUUCUUCCUGGACAAGCUUUUAUAUGUAGUACUUAGUGAAGGAAUCACCCUUCAUUUGAAUACCCUUUACGGACAAGCUUUUAAAUGCAGUACUUAGUGAAUUAGUGAAGGAAUCGCCCUACAACCGAAUACCCUUCAUGGAUAAACUUUUAUAUGUAGUACUUAGUGAAGGAAUUACCCUACAACCGAAUACCCUUCAUGGACAAGCUUUUAUAUGUAGUACUUAGUGAAGGAAUCACCCUACAACCGAAUACACUUCAUGGAAAGCUUUUAUAUGUAGUACUUAGUGAAUGAACCCCCCUACAACCGAAUACCCUUCACGGACAAGCUUUUAUAUGUAGUACUUAGCGAAGGAAGCACCCUACAACCGAAUUCUAAAUGGACAAGCUUUUAUAUGUAGUACUUAGUGAAGGAAUCACACUACAACCGAAUACCCUUUACGGACAAGCUUUUAUAUGUAGUACUUAGUGAAGGAAUCACCCUACAACCGAAUUCUUUAUGGACAAGCUUUUAUAUGUAGUACUUAGUGAAGGAAUCACCCUACAACCGAAUACCCUUCACGGACAAGGUUUUAUAUGAAGAACUUAGUGAAGGAAUCCCCCUACUACCGAAUACCCUUUAUGAACAAGCUUUUAUAUGUAGUACUUAGUGAAGGAAUCAUCUUACAAGCGAAUAACCUUCAAGGACAAGCUUUUAUAUAUAGUACAUAGUUAAGGAAUCACGCUACAACCGAAUACCCUUCGCGGACGUGCGAUGCUGAAUAUAUUAAAGUUAAAUACUAUACCAAAACUCCUGUGUAUGCAGUACUUAGUGAAGGAAUCACCCUACAACCGAAUACCCUUUAUGAACAAGCUUUUAUAUGUAGUACUUAGUGAAGGAAUCGCCUUACAAGCGAAUAACCUUCACGGACCAACUUUUAUAGAUAGUAUUUAGUUAAGGAAUCACCCUACAACCGAAUACCCUUCGCGGACGUGCGAUGCUGAAUAUAUUAAAGUUAAAUACUAUACCAAAACUCCAGCAUAGAAACUGCAAUUUCGUUUUCAACCAUUUCAAUAACACCGAAGGACACUGCUUUAAAUCUCACUUAGUAUGUAUACACUGAAAAUGACCGUUAUAUAGGUCAUUCUGUAAAUCAUUAUCAACUGAGUAACUUACAUGUAACAACAUGAUUUAUCAUUAAGGCUUGUUUUUCAGUUACAAAAUCCUGGUCCUGGUUUUUAAUUAUCAGAAAUAACGUUGGGAAAUGCUCUAGAAAUAUUGUUUAAGGCCUGCCUCAGACGCAAAUGGGUAUUAAGUGUAAUUUCCAUUUUCCUAGCUUAUAAACUCAAUUAAACAAUAUCGUGAAAUACCGUUCGCUCCAUGUGGUAUGGGGACGCAACCCAUAUACCCCUAUCACCCGUUAACACUCUAGAGACCACAUCUAAGUCUGGUUUGAAACGUGUUUUAAAAACUAGGUCACUGGAUCAAAUUCAAGAAACGCGUGUGAAAAUUCAAGAGACUUUUAUAUUGUUCAAUCUUCAUGAAACUUAGUUAAAACAUUCAUGGAAGUGUCAUAUUCGUCGAGUGUGAAAGUGGACCAUUUGUGUCAAAAAGUCUAGGUUACUGUCAUAUUGACGAUAAAGCCUGUGAAAAAUAUGUUUGAACAUGUAAAUCCGAAUGUUUAUUUUGUCGAGGUCUAAACUCAUUUCCGAAAGAUAUUUUCUACCGCGUUCGAAAUUAGGUCAUUUGGAAACCAAAACUUGGUUACUUUGCUAACUUAAAGAACAAGAUUGUUUAGAUGGCACAUUUAUUGCACUAUUUUUAUAUCAGGUAACUUGUCUAGAAUAUAUUUUCGAAUUAUAUAUUUAUCGAGAUCGCAACAGUCAAAUAAAAAAAAUAAAUAGAUUGUGAACACUUGUUUAGGCCAAAUUAAUUGAACAGUUUCCACGAAACAUUGUCUGAACAUUUGUUAUACUGAUCCCAGACAAUCGGAAGAUAUUGCUGCCAUGACGCGUUGUGAUUUUUUUUAUAUGGCUAUAGUAAUUCCACUGGAACACUAGAAGAAUAUGUGCAACUUAUUUAUCAUGAAACUUCCCAAGAAUAUUUAAAUGAUAUUGUAAAAAAAAACGGCUGCUAAAUUGUUGAGGCAGUUUAUUGUUAAACCUAGCGAAAACUAUCUGCUCAGAACAGUUUAGUUCCAUGGGUUUUUAGGUGAGCACCGCAGGGCCUUUGGGUAAGGGGAUAUGGUUGUUUAUUUAUCUAUGAAUAAACAUUAUCUACCUUUUCGUCUGUAAUGCUUUUUAAUUGUUGUUACCAUUUUAACGAGUUUGCACAAGCUAACCACUUAGAAAAUUGUCAUCUUUAAUUUAAUUUUUCAUUUAAAGAAGGCCUCUUCUUAAGUAUAUCCAAUGCAGACUCUAAUUCGGGACGUAACUCAACGCACAUGCAUCGAUCCCAGUUUUUUUUACAACAAAGCUUACAUUAUUUCUUUAAUGAUCUCUGAUUUAAUUAUAUCAUUCUUACACCCAUAGUCAUAAAAAAUUACUAUGUAUCAUUAGUACACCUACCUAAAAAAACACACGCUAAUUGUUUUUAUUGUUGUUUGUGUUUCUUUGUUAAUACCUAUAUUUACCUGUGUUAUGCUAUUAUUUCAAUUAGUAGUGUAAAAUGUAUUGUUUUCUCACAACAACAUAAUAAUUAUCUUUAAAUAUUCUAUGUACGAUACUCAAAGUUGUAACAUUUUCACAACUGCAUGUCACAUAUGUAAAUUUAAGUGCCAUGAUGGCCAUAUAGCGCUCGUCUGAUUUAAUUGAUACAUAUUUUAGAACUCCUUACCAGGUUUGCGAGUUUUUGACAUCACUUGAUCGAAACAUAAGCAUGACCGUCAUUUUGUCAAGAUCGUCUUGACCAUUUGAUUUAAAACUCAGUAAUACAAAUGGUAUCAAGAGCAAUAACCAGUGAAAAAACACUGAACUGGUGACCUUGUUUCUAGAGCCAACUGACCCAGAUUCGAGUUCGACCUAGAAAUUGUCGAAAAAAAACAACACGUUUUGACCAAGUUUCAUUAAGAUUGAGUCAUAAAUCUGGCCUCUAGUGUGGUUAUAAUGUCUGUUUAAGAUUUGAACAGGUCACAUUUUUUGACGGAUGUUACUCUGUUAACGGGUCUUUUUAGUAUCCAUUUGAAUUCCUGUAUGUAUUGCGACAAUUUUGAUUCCAUUCUAACUAAGACGGCACGGCGUUUAAGUAAUGUAUUGCAGGAAAUUUGUGCUCGUCCCGUAUUCAUCUGGCAAAAUUAAAUAUAGUAUCAAUGAUGUUUCAUAAACAAAACACAGCUUA